AUGGAAAGGUUGACGUGGUGAGCUCUUAGUGGGUGUUUCCGAACCAAACCGUGGUAGCUCGCGCACCGAACUCCGAACCUGAUCGUCUCAAAUCAGCCCUAGCUCCGGCGAAUCCUAACAUCUGAAUCUCUUUUUCAUCAUACAUAAUGCCCCGGUAUUAUUGUGACUACUGCGACACUUACCUGACUCAUGAUUCUCCCUCUGUUAGAAAGCAACACAAUUCCGGUUACAAACACAAGGCAAAUAUACGGGCCUAUUAUCAACAAUUUGAGCAACAACAGACACAAAGUUUGAUUGAUCAAAAGAUCAAGGAGCAUUUAGGGCAGAGCACAGUGUACCAGCAAGUAGGUGCAGUUUACAAUCAACAUCUUGCUUCUUUUCCAGGAAGUCCUCAACGUCCCCGUCUACCUAUUUUACCACCACCAAUGGUACAAAUUCCAGGAGCUGGGCCCUCACCAAUGUUUCCAGGAAUCAGGCCUCCUGUGUUGCCAAGACCUGGCACUCCAGGUUAUGGGGUCGCUCCAAUGAUGGCACCAGGUAUGGGGCAGGCACCGGGUAUGGGGCAGCCACCAGCUGCUUCCUCCUUGCCCAUGCAAUUAAAUAGUCUGCCGAGGCCUCCAACAAUGAAUGCCCCAACAACAGUUCCCGGGGGAUUACCAGCCCCAGGAUCAAAUGGUGCCCCCUCUGCGGUUACCCAAACUGUGUACCAGGCCAAUCCCACUACUGGAAGUACUGCUUCAUCAACUUCUACUGCUGCAGAUAACUAUGCCUAUGCACAAGCUUCUGAAGCCGGUCGUUGAUCUUUCCAAAUUGAUCCGAACCUUCCUUCUCAGUGGACUAGUUGUGCAGUGUUUGGGAAAGGUGUCAUUGCUGGGUUUGAUCCAAAGAAGAGUGGACAUGAAUUAUUCAAUGAAAAACAAAUUCUAUUCUGGGAUUCUGUAAUUGUAAUGUAGGCUCCAGUGUGCCUAGUUAUUUGACAGUUUUUUCUAGCCAUCUAAAACAGUACUGACCUCAAGGAUAUGGUUUGUAUUUUGUCGCAAGGAAUCAGAAAUUUUGCCUAAACAUUAUCACAGUCACCAUGUAAUAUGAUUUCUAUAUUGAGACUCAAAUCACAUUACUAGUUGGUUGUUUUUAUUCA